CGAAAGGAUUCCCAUUGCCUUCUUCACAGCUUCUUCCUGGCUUAACUUAGGCUGAGCUGGGGAUGGGGAUGGGUCUGCGGCAGGUGCAGACCUGGAAGGCUGCUGCCGGACCCCAAGAUGACGGUUUUCUUCCUUGACUUACGCUGCAGGAUCAGGUUGCUUCAAAGGUUUCCCUCGUCCAGCUCUGGGUAAAACUGAGAGUAUGCCAGAAGGGAGAUUAGUUUCACUCGACUUAGUGGGUUUCGGCUUCGCCGCUGAUUCAAUGGCGGAAUCAAAACCAUCGACAUACUUUUUCGGGAUGAAAGUAGGUUGCUUGGAUUGCCCAAGUACUGACCACUCAUCAGCAGCGGAUGAUUCGCCGGCGACCCGGCCACGACCAGACCCAAAUUGAGACUGCCUGACAGGGGAAACAAAGGAAUAAAAAGAUGGAAGAACUGGAUCAGACGGCCUACCACGGCCGUGACCAAGUCCAGCUUGGGUUGGCUGCAGCAAGCCUUGCCCCGAAUCAUCCGAUUCGGGUCGAGCAAAAUCAAACUGGGGGAGGAGCUGGGGGAAGGCCGCCACCUCAGCUGCGUCCACGGUCGGAAGUGGAGAAGGGGGAUGAUGAUUGGAGUAGAAAAGGGGUUUGGGUCAGCGAUCCAUUGUAGUUAUUGCUGGAAAUUUGCAAGGAUCUUCCUAUGGUUCGUCUCAUUUGGAAUUGUUAUGAAACCCAAAUCGAAGCUGAAACUUGAAGCUAGGGCUUUGGGUUUUGCUGGAAGAAAGAAAGGAACGUACUUUUC